CCGCACCGCCCGUUCCCGGUCCGGCAGCACGGUGCAGCUCCGCCCGGCUUUGGACGGCCCCCGCCUUCCCCGCCAGGCUCCAGCGAGCACGGACAAAGCCGCAGGUCUCCCGGCUUGCAGCCCGUGUCGCUGAGUCACGGUGCCGCCUGCAGUCCGCCCAAGAGCCUCCCGCCGCCAGGAGGCGCACGCGGCUACCAGCGGGGCGUGGUCGCUUCCCAUUACGUCACUGCCGCGCGCCGCUCGCCCGCCCGCCGCCAUCAUGCUCCGUCGUCUGCCCCUGGGCUCGCCCCGCGGCCCCCGCCCGCCUCUCGCAGCCCGUUCCGCCAUAACGGCUGUGCCGUUGGCCCACGCCGAGGUUGGAGUCCGAGGCACGCGCCCGCCCCUGGUGCUGCUCCACGGCAUCUUCGGCAACCACGGCAACUUCCAUACUGUGGCCAAGACACUGGUGCGGCGUGUUGGCGGCCAGGUGCUCACAGUGGACGCACGAAACCAUGGCAGCAGCCCCCACAGCCCGCUGAUGACGUACGAGGCGAUGAGUUUGGACGUGCAGCACCUCCUGACCCAGCUGGGCAUCCACAAGUGCAUCCUCGUGGGACACAGCAUGGGUGGCAAGACGGCCAUGGUGCUGGCCUUGCAGCGGCCAGACUUGGUGGAGCGCCUUAUCUCCGUAGACAUCAGUCCUACCUCAACCACACUUAUCUCCGAGUUCCCUGCUUACAUCUCUGCCAUGAAGUCAGUGAACAUCCCGGCUGGUCUAUCCCGCUCUGCUGCCCGCCAGCUGGCUGACAGUCAGCUGAGUUCCGUGGUCCAGGACCCUCAGCUGAGACAGUUUCUUCUCACCAACCUGGUGGAGGUGGAGGGCCGCUACAUCUGGAGAGUGAACCUGGAUGCUAUUUCCCAUCACUUUGCAGAUAUCAUGAGCUUCCCAGUCUUCCACAAGCCAUAUCCUGGCCCUGCAUUGUUUUUGGGAGGAUCCAAAUCACCCUAUAUCAGCUCCAAAGACUACCCAGAGAUCCAGCGCCUCUUCCCCAAUGCAGAUGUCCAGUUCAUCGAAGGCGCAGGCCACAUAGUCCAUCAGGACAAGUUUGAAGAGUUCAUCGCUGCUGUUCUCAGUUUCUUGCCAUCGCCGUAGUCCUGGCCACCGGUGUUCCUGCAAGCACCACGUGGGACCCAGGGAGCUCUGGGCAGAGCAAGAAGAGCCCAGAGCAGCCGCCACCUUUGUGGUCUGAGGACAUUUCCCAUCCUGCUCGCAGAGGCCCAGCCCUCCUGCCACCUCCCAGAGACACAGGGUGGCACUGGCCAAGGACGUGGCCUGCAUGCACCCAAGUGCUUUGGACGCAAGGAGGGGACAGGAGAGCCCUCUCUUUUUCCUACCACCUUUUCACCUGGUGGUGGAGCCGACAGUGGUUUGCAGCACUUGCAAUAAACCUGCAUCUGUGCCAAGGCAGAGAA